AUGCCUGUUCCUGCCCCCGCCCUAGGCAGUUUUGACUACGUCCCCCAAACAAAGGUCUUGGAAAACCUCCCAUGGGCAGACCUUCCCACAAUUGACCUUUCUCUCUAUGCAUGCCCAUCUGGCCGCAAGGAUCUCGCUGACAAACUCAUCACCGCCGUCCGCGAGAAAGGCUUCUUCUAUGUCAAAAAUUUUGGCGUAUCUCCCGAGGCCGUUGACCGCCAGUUCGAUUUGUGCAAGAGAUUCUAUGAGUUGCCUCUAGAGACGAAGAUGUGCUAUGUCGCACAGGAUUUCGCAAGGGGUGGCUUUAAUGGAUAUAUGCCAGCCGGACGAAUUGUCGUCGAUCCUAACACGGGUUUAAAGGACAAGAUUGAGGUUUACAACAUUCCCAAAUUCAGCAGCGAUUUCCUUCAUAACCAUCCCGAGCCCAUUGCAAAACAUCUAGACGAAAUCGAAGCGUUUGUUCGCGUAUGUCAAUGUUGCUUUCAUGGCUAUGGACUCCAUUUUGACAGCAACGUGAAGGAUGUCCAAGAGAAGAUUGUUGAGCCCCUCCUGACUUUGGUCGCAAUUGCCCUGGAGCUCCCUGAAGACUAUCUUGUCAAGAUGCAUACGUACGACGUCAAGAGCGAAGAGCAUAUUCGAUAUAUGAAGUGCGGCAAGUUUACGGUGACUGAUAACGAGCGGCUUGCAGCGUGGGUGCCUGGACACACCGACCUGGGCUCCUUCACGCUUCUUUUCCGUCAACCAGUGGCGGGCCUCCAAAUCAGCGACCCCAUAACAAACGAAUGGAAGUGGGUCAAGCCACAGAAGGGACUGCUGACCGUGAACACUUGCGAUGCACUUCAGCUUCUCACAGGCGGGUAUAUACGCAGCACUGUUCAUCGCGUUCACCCGCCGCCAAUCGACCAGCAGCACGUCGACCGAUUGGGCUUGCUGUACUUCUCCCGGCCUCACAAUCACGUGCGACUUUCGACGAUAGCUGACAGUCCCGUGCUGAAGCGGGAGGGGUAUGUGAAGAAUCCCUUCGAAGCCAGUGAGAAUCCGGUGCCGACGAUGGAAGAGUGGACGUUCGCGAAGCAAAAGUGGCAGCGAACUGGGUAUCUGGGACCGAAAUCAGCAUCGAAAGAAGUGUUGCCGGGAUUCCCUGAGAAGGUGUAUGAGUAG